CCGUCAUAAUUCACAAAUAAUAAAACAAAUAUAAAACAACGUUAGAGUCACACGUCACGUAAUUUGAAUACUUUUGUGUUUUAACAGGACGUGAUGUAAUUGAUUCAAUGUCGGUCUCGCGAUAUUUCAAUUAUAACAUUUUUUUUUUUUUUUUUAAAUGUUGGUCUUGCGAUAAUUCAUCAGUUCAUCCCAUUUGCAGGGCUUUGCUCCCGUUUGACCCGGUGCCAUAUUAAUUAUACGUGAUUAUACUAACGAUAGUCUGCCUAACUGACACAGAAGGCGUCAGUUAACACUAGCUAACUUUGUCGCACGCGCGCCGCCGUAAGUGAGGUGAAGUGGAGGGGAUUUAAUUGCUACUUCAGGUAUCAAUUACUUACAUACGCGCGCAUACAGUAUGUCAGACUCAUAGUCGGUAUUAGAACUGACGGGCUUUCACGUGUGUGUUUAAAUCUACCGGCACACAUAUGUACGCGUGUAUCUCUAAAUACAUAUUUAACACUACCAUCAGCACGUGGAGCACAUCAUAUUUAAUUUAAUAGACACACCUUCCAUGUGGAGCAGGGUGCAGCCAUGAGGAUCUCCAUGACAGAGUCACGUCGUACUGACGAGAACAGACGAGACUAGACAAGACUUGACACAUCAUUAACAGUCCCGUUGCCAGCUAUGAUAUAUCAAGAUAUAUGAGUGAACAUGAAAACACAAGUCCAGGGAUUGCUGCUGCAAUGGCCAGUGAUAGCUGUCUCCAUUCUUUGGUGGAGCUCCCUCCCAGCUACAUACGGGUUACAACAAAUGUUGAACACCAACUCGUCCCAGUCCUGUAACCAGCCGCAUUACUACGAGUUCGACAGCGUCUACAAUGUAACCUCUAACACGGCCGUGACCGGAAGUAAGUGCGACGUGACAUUCACCAAGUCAACUUGGAGCGAAAGCAUGUGGGAACAACGUUGCAGUCUUUGUGUGAAGAUAAAUACAUUCACCAUUCGCAGUUGUCACUUCAAAAUGAUCUACCACGACGGUCUGGCCGACGUCAAACCCAAGAUGUUUGACUGCCACACAUUCCCGCCAUUGUUGUGGUGUUCCAGUAACAACGACCUCAAACUCGUCUUCAAGGAACUGAAGAAAUACAAGGGAGACAAGUACACCAUCGAUCUACAAGUUAAACCCUACUGCUCCAAAAACAGCACGGCAGGAAAUAGGAAACCGACGCCCUCCCCGCCGGGCAAGACGUAUGAGGAGAAAGUCCGGGAGGAGGAGAAGCGGAGGAGGGACACUGUCAUCAUCGCCGGCUCCCUCAUCUCCACUGUGUCAAUCAUGUUUGUUCUGUGCUACCUCACUUACUCCUGCUGGAAACGGAGGAACACACGACCAAGCACGUCGUCAACAACCCCACCCCCGGGUACCUCCAGUCGGGGGUCAAGCUCCACUCGGUCAAAUCAUAACAAACCCCCAGGAGUGAUUGCCAAUACGCGGAUUCCGAUGGACCGUUACCAUAGUGACCAUCAACCCCGGGACGGUCAGAACCAGCCCUGGUACACAAUGCACCCAAUGACCCUGCCGUCGUCGGAGCUACACAGCCAGGGCUACACGCCCUCACACGACCAGUGGUUGGACACAAGAUACACAAAGCUACCUGAACUGAAUUCGAAGCCCACGGAAAUGAAGGGUUAUACGUAUGUUCCGCCCCACCCUCAUCGCCUAUCCCCAACAAAGGAAGUAGUGUUCCACGAGGAUAUGCCACGCCCACUACGACCGGAUAUGCACUCAUAUGAUGCGGAUGUGGAAUAUCCCCACAUGGCAGGCCCAUCGCCUCUCCCUCCCCCUCUGCCCCCGAGACCGAACCUCCCACAAUAUCAAUCAAAACAGUAUUUCAUAUAACUAAGGCGAGUUAUCUCCCUUUGUGAACUCUCUGAUGAACACUAACAGUGUGACGGAGUAAGUGAUGCGGCACCACGAGAGGCGGAAUGUGUGAUGGGUGUAAAGUACAUGUUUAUAUUCAUUUGAAAGUUAUUUGUUGGUACAUGUAUAUGAUGUUAUGACGGUGGAGAACUUUGUUGGUAGAAAAGGACCAGAUUAAGCUUUGUCGUAUACCUCUGCAGGCCUCUCCGUGCCAACUGGAAAUGUCGACGUCUUGCAUAUUAUAUGUACAUGUUAAAAUGCAUGGAUACAUAUUUAUUGUGUACUGUUUUAGGUCAAAGAAAUAAGUUGUACAUAUUGUGAAAAAGGACAUACAUGUCAGUGUAUUGUGUGUCGAGUCGAGGUGUUGUAUGUAAUAGUAUUUAUUCUAAUGGAUGUGUGUUAAAAUAUACAUAACUUUAUUUAUAUAUUAGAAGUCAUUUCUUUAAAUGUGUGAUGUCGUCCUUAUCACACGGUCUACCAACCUACAUCUAGACUAUGUCUUUGACUUUGUGAAAACUUACUAGAAAUAAGUAUUUCAUCAAUUACAGUCAAACCAUAUUUAUCAAAUAGUAUUUAUUGAAUAAUUCCUGAUUUUAAUGAUAUUUUUAUAAUAAUUAUUUAUUUACAAUUUCCAAGCAUUUUUUUCAGUUUCCAAACAAAUUUUUAUAUGAAUAGGACUUUUUGUCACAAUGUACUUGAACGUUUGAAAUAAGGAUUGAUGUGUCACUUUGUGAUGGGUUUGACGUUGAGGUAGUGUCACACUGUAAUAGGUUUGACGUUAGGACUGACGUGUCACAAUGUUAUAGAUAUGACGUUAGAACUUACGUGUCAUAUUGUUAUAGGUAUGACGUUAUAACUGACGUCACAUUGUAAUAGGCAUGACAGUAGGAUUGAUGUGUCACAGUGCUAUAGUAUGACGUUAGGACUGACGUGUCACAAUGUUAUAGAUAUGACGUUAGGACUGACGUCACAUUGUAAUAGGCAUGACAGUAGGAUUUAUGUGUCACAGUGCUAUAGUAUGACGUUAGAACUGACGUGUCACGGUGUUAUAGAUAUGACGUUAGAACUGACGUGUCACGGUGUUAUAGAUAUGACGUUAGAACUGACGUGUCACGGUGUUAUAGAUUUGACGUUAGAACUAACGUGUCCGAUGUUAUAGAUAUGACGUUAGAACUAACGUGUCACGGUGUUAUAGAUAUGACGUUAGAACUAACGUGUCCGAUGUUAUAGAUAUGAUGGUAGGACUUAUGUGUAACAUUGUAAUAGGUAUGACGUUAGGAUUAAUUAGUUACCAUGCUAUAGUUAUGACUUCAGGUUAUGGUUGCACGUUGCAACGUUCAGAAUCUGAUUAUUGCCACGUCCACAUUAUUUUCCCAGUUUUAUAUAAAUGACAUUCACACACAUUGUUGUAUACGCUUGCCUUAACCAGGCCAGUAUUAGUGAGAUGUCAGUUUGUAUUGUGUAUACUAUGAUUGUAUAUAGGACGACUGAUGAAAGCGUGAUGAGUGAACAUAUUGUAAUUGUGCAGUGAAUAAUGAGCUACAUGUACUUUUGUGAAAAUUGUACAUUUUGCCAAAUAGUAAGUAAUUAAUGAAUUUAUCAAAACUAUGUUUUUAAGAUAAUUUAUGUCUACACACCUACUGUCUGUAUCUAGUUGUUUGUCCGUGUGUCCGUCCUCUCUUUGUGCACUUUAUCGAUGCCAUGCUCACAAAUCAGAAUGUUUUCCCUUAGUAUUCAGUGUGGGCAAUGUCGACCAAUUAACAAAUCUCUGAUUUAUAUACAUCAGAGUUGUUUCCCUAGUUAAUAAAUGUGGAUUCUGUCAACCAGUUGUGGUGCAAAUGGUCGUCAUUAUAACUACCCGGGUGUGACUUCCUUUAAGACUUGGGUAGAUUUGUCAACUUUCAUAAGACAUGCCAAGUGCCUUCAUUAUUGACCAGCCAUACUGUACCAAAGGCCUUCAACAUUCAUCAGGAAUUCAAUGUGUCUCCAACAUUCAUCAGGAAUUCAAUGUGUCUCCAACAUUCAUCAGACAUGUCGAGUGCCUUCGAUAUUUAUCAUGUAUACAAAAUAUGUUCGACUUUCAUCAGACAGGCCAAGUGGCUUAGCAUUAAUUUUGCAUACCAAGUGUCUUGGGAAUCAUUCGACAUGCCCAGUGUCUUGGGAAUCAUUCGGCAUGCCCAGUGUCUUGGGAAUCAUUCGGCAUGCCCAGUGUCUUGGGAAUCAUUCGGCAUGCCCAGUGUCUAAACAUUCGCCAAGUAUAACACGUCUUUAACAUUCAUCAGUCAAACAAAGUGUCUUAAGCAUUUAUUAGACAUACCAAGUGUGUUUAACAUUCAUCCGUGUUAAGUGUCUUCAGCAUUCACUGUGCAAAUGUCAGUAUUCACCAAGAAUGACACGUGUCUGCGGCAUUUACGUAACAGGACACGUGCCUUCUAUAUUCACUACAGCAUUCACAGUGUGUGCCUGGUAUCGUCAGCAAACGUCAGCCCCACAAGUGCCUUCUUAAUUCACUACAGCAUUCACAGUGUGUGCCUGGUAUCGUCAGCAAACGUCAGGCCUCACAAGUGUCUUCAACGAACACCAUGGUCCGUGUGCGUGAAACCAUUCUCAUGCUCAAAUUCUUUCAAAACCAGCUUUUAUUUGUAAUUUGCUAGAAUCAUUAGACUAUCAAAACGUAAAAUUAGUCAUAGAAGGACUAAACAGCUGUAUGAUGCUGUGUGAUUCAUUUUUCGCACACUGUAUCUAUUACCAAAAUUUUAAAGUGCAGUUACCAGUGUGCUUGAAACUUUUAUCCAGACAUUGAACAGAUAUUCGCCCGCAUUUUUCUACAAAAUUCAUGUAAAUAACUAUAAAACUAAGAUGAGAAAUUUUAAUAAUAUAUCAUCGGAACAAAGAGCUCGAGUUUGGCUUGGACAUAGAAUCUGAGUCUGAGCAUGACAAUGGUUCUAUGAAUGCGGGCCCAGGUAUUACACGCUCACGUGUGUUAAACAUUCACGUGACCUGAAGUGUCAUGCUUGUUUACCAGUGCCAGGUUACUUCCUCAGUACUUCUGUCUGGGUUUUGGGGUAUUAGGAGUAUUGUGCAGUAGUAAAGUGCAAUACGCGUACGAAUUAUAAAUAGUCCAUGUGACUCAGUGCGCAUGCCACCAAGGUAUCGAUUGUCUGUAUUUUAAAUAUGUAAAUCAAUGUUGUGUUUUGGGAAGAGAAAUAUUCCAAUUACAUGUAUUUUGUGAAUAAAUAACUUUGAGAUUUU